AUGAGAAAACAGAGACCUCAACCAAGCUCAUUAGACUGCACAGUCCUUAUUCCACUUCACUGCACUCCACUAUCCUGCCCCUUCCGUUGGCUGGAGUAUUUUUCAGGAGUGACCCAGAGCACCGAGUUUUCCUGCGAAGCCCACAACAUAAAAGGGCUGGCCACUUCUCGCUCAGCCAUUGUUCGCCUCCAAGCACCACCUGCUGCUCCCUUCAACAUCACAGUGACGAAGCUCUCCAGCAGCAAUGCUAGUGUGGCCUGGAUGCCAGGUGCUGAUGGCCGGGCCCUGCUCCAAUCCUGUACAGUGCAGGUGACACAGGCCCCAGGAGACUGGGAGGUCCUGGCUGUUGUCGUCCCUGUGCCACCGUUUACCUGCCUGCUUCGGGACCUGGUGCCUGCCACCAACUACAGCCUCAGGGUGCGCUGUGCCAACGCCUUGGGACCGUCCCCCUAUGCUGACUGGGUGCCCUUUCAGACAAAGGGUCUGGCCCCAGCCAGUGCUCCCCAGAACCUCCAUGCCAUUCGCACAGACUCAGGCCUCAUCCUGGAGUGGGAAGAAGUUAUCCCUGAGGGUCCUUUUGAAGCCCCCCUGGGACCUUAUCAGUUGUCCUGGGUUCAAGACAAUGGAACCCAGGGUGAGCUGACUGUGGAGGGGACCAUGGCCAAUCUCACAGAUUGGGAUCCCCAGAAGGACCUGAUUGUUCGUGUGUGCGUCUCCAAUGAAGUUGGCUGUGGGCCCUGGAGUCAGCCAUUAAUAGUGUCAUCUCACGAUCAUGCAGGGCAGCAGGGCCCUCCUCACAGCCGCACAUCCUGGGUGCCCGUGGUGCUGGGUGUGCUCACGGCCCUGGUGACCGCUGCUGCACUGGCCCUCAUCCUCCUUCGGAAGAGGCGGAAGGAGACUCGGUUUGGGCAAGCCUUUGACAGUGUCAUGGCCCGCGGGGAGCCAGCCGUUCACUUCCGAGCUGCCCGGUCUUUCAACCGAGAAAGGCCUGAACGAAUUGAGGCCACACUGGAUAGCCUGGGCAUCAGUGAUGAACUGAAGGACAAGUUGGAAGAUGUGCUCAUCCCAGAGCAGCAGUUCACCCUGGGCCGGAUGUUGGGCAAAGGAGAGUUUGGGUCCGUGCGAGAGGCCCAGCUGAAGCAGGAAGAUGGCUCCUUUGUGAAAGUGGCUGUAAAGAUGCUGAAAGCUGACAUCAUUGCCUCCAGCGACAUUGAAGAGUUCCUCAGGGAAGCAGCUUGCAUGAAGGAGUUUGACCAUCCACACGUGGCCAAGCUUGUUGGGGUAAGCCUCCGGAGCAGAGCUAAAGGUCGACUCCCUAUCCCCAUGGUCAUCCUGCCCUUCAUGAAGCAUGGGGACUUGCACGCCUUCCUUCUUGCCUCUCGGAUUGGGGAGAACCCUUUUAACCUGCCCCUUCAGACCCUGAUCCGGUUCAUGGUGGACAUUGCCUGCGGCAUGGAGUACCUGAGCUCCCGGAACUUCAUCCAUCGAGACCUGGCUGCUCGAAACUGCAUGCUUGCGGAGGACAUGACAGUAUGUGUGGCUGACUUUGGACUCUCUCGGAAAAUCUAUAGCGGGGACUACUACCGUCAGGGCUGUGCGUCCAAGUUGCCCGUCAAGUGGCUGGCGCUGGAGAGCCUGGCUGACAACCUGUACACUGUGCACAGUGACGUGUGGGCCUUCGGAGUGACCAUGUGGGAGAUCAUUACUCGCGGGCAGACGCCAUACGCUGGCAUCGAAAAUGCUGAGAUUUACAACUACCUCAUUGGCGGGAGCCGCCUGAAACAGCCUCCAGACUGCAUGGAGGACGUGUAUGAUCUCAUGUACCAGUGCUGGAACGCGGACCCAAAGCAGCGCCCGAGCUUCACCUGCCUGCGAAUGGAGCUGGAGACCAUCCUGGGCCACCUGUCUGUGCUGUCCACCAGCCAGGACCCUUUGUACAUCAACAUUGAGAGCGCAGAGCAGCUUGCGGAGGGAGGUAGCCUGGAGCUGCCCAGCCAGCCUAGCAGUGGGACUGGAGAUGGAGAUGGCAGUAAUGUGGGGGCAGUAGGAGGUACCCCCAGUGACUGUCGGUACAUCUUCAGCCCCGGAGGUCCAACUGAGCCCACUGGGCAGGUGGAGCAGCAGCCAGAGAGUCCCAUCAAUGAGACCCAGAGGCUGCUGCUCUUACAGCAAGGGCUACUGCCCCACAGUAGCUGUUAGCCCGCAGACAGAGGGUACCUGGGGCUGUCCGCCUCUGGUUCUGCUGGCCGCUGUGCUGGCUGACCCCAGCCCAGGCAGCAAGGUAUGGAGGCUCCUGUGGUAGCCCUCCCAGACCGCUGGCACCUGGACUGACCAAAUCGCCCAAUCCCAGUUCUUCCUGCAACCACUCUGGCCAACCUGACAUCAGUUCAGGCCUUGGCUUGGAGGAAGUAGGCCAGACCUGGUUGCCUGAACCCAGGCAUCUGGAAAGAGGGGUGCUGGUGGUGGUUAUGUUUCCAUGGUUACCAUGGACAUGAAAUGCAGUGGGGGAGGAUAGGUCUAGCCCUGUGGGCGCCUACCUUCUCCCCCUCUCUCCACUGUUGCUUCAGUGCAAGAUGCAUUUAGCUCCUCCCGCCUGGGGAGCUCAGCAGUGCCCACCAUGCUUGGGUUUAAAUGCCAGAUUUUCUCCUGAGUCACAGAGACGCCCUUGUACUAUUCCCCUUUAGGUGAGAUUCGGUAAAGGGUUAGUUGUCAGGUCCCAAGCCCUGCGGCAGGAGAUGGUGGGACACUCAAGUCUGAAUCCUUGUCACCUUCCUGAUUCCCCAUCCUGCGUAGGCUGGGUGAGGUGGUGAGGAGGGUGCUUCCCUGAGUCUGGCCACCCCUUUCAGCAUGCAGGGGUACCACAGUCUGGCAGAGACCAUCUUGUAAUGGCAGAGCACUAAGCCCAGCAAGAGGUAGGGGCUCUGACUGGCCGGCCCCAGAACAGAUGAGGCGGGAGGAGUUCAGGAGCCCCCUCUCCAAGCCCUCCCACAGCCUGUCAGCAUGCUUCCAAACCCCCAGACACCCCGAGACUAACAAAGGCAGCUGUGGGAGCCCAGCAGGUCCACGAUGACCCUUAGACCUCCCCUCCCCUCUCUAACUGGACACCAUCUUCUGACCCUAGUCUCUAGAGUGCAAACAGGCUCGAUAGUUGGUGUGAGAAAGGGGGAGUUCCUGCAGUGUGACCCCAGUCCUGGCGGGGGUGCCCGGAAUGCCUGGAUAGGCCCUUGCUGUUAGGAACACUUCCAAGUUGUUUCAAAACAGAAAUAAAAUUGAAGACUAAAGAA